CAAAAACAGUCAAGGCUGUUGUACAACACUUGAUGGCCCUCUCAGUGGUGUCAAGUCCACCAGUAUAUAUAAUGCUGUGAGAAAAAUUUUGGCAAAUAAUAUCUCAUCUCAUCUCAUCUCAUCCCGACUCACCAGCCGUUGAUAUUCGCUCUCUGUAUCACUGCAUCCAGCACUAAUGCUAUCAUCACAGGCUUCCAACGCUAUCGCAUACGUCACCUACGGUGUUCUGUUCUUCUCUGCCCUUGCGGUGGCCUUCUACGUGAGAGACAAGGACACCUUCUUGUCUGCCAACAGAACGUCUAGAGGUAUCCCUCUGGCGUUCAACUUCGUCGCUUCUGGUGUCGGUUGUGGUAUCUUGUCCACGUACCCCCAGGUUGCCAACAUUGCCGGGCUACAGGGCCUGCUAGUGUAUGCCCUCGCUGGUGGGCUGCCAAUGUUCCUGUUCUCAUUCUUUGGCCCAAUCAUCCGUAGAAAGUGUCCACAUGGCUUCGUGCUCACAGAGUGGGUGUUCCAGAGAUUUGGUACAAUCACAGGGUUGUACCUCUCAGCUUGUACGAUUCUGACUCUUUACCUCUUCAUGGUUAGUGAAGUUGCAUCCUUACAGUAUGCGUACAACACCUUGACAGGCUUGGACGCUUUGCCUCCAAUCAUCGUGCAAUGUGUUGUCACUUCCAUCUACACCGCAGUUGGAGGGUUCAAGGUGAGUUUCAUCACUGAUACUUUACAAAUCAGCGCAGUGUUCCUCUUCAUCAUCAUCGUUUCGUGUGCCGUGGGUAGCUACGUCCACAUUGACACUUCGCAAAUCGCAGAGUCUGGGCUGCUCAAGUCGACCAAACUGGGCUGGCAAUUGAUCUACAUCCUUGUGGUUGCCAUCUUCACCAACGACAUGUUCAUGGCUGGGUUCUGGUUGCGUACCUUUGCUGCGAAGACUGAUAAAGACUUGUGGAUUGGAUGCUCUCUCGCAGCUUUCAUCUUGACAUGUAUCGUCACCAUCGUUGGUGUUGCCGGUCUGAUUGCUGUCUGGGCAGGUUUGGUUCCAGUUGGUGACUAUGAGUCGUCUGCCUCUGUGUUCCUCAUCUUGCAGACGAUUCCAAACUGGGUCUCUGGCUUCACAUUGGUGUUUGUCAUCUGUAUCUCUGUGUGUACUUUGGAUUCUUUGCAGUCUGCCAUGUGUUCCACGAUCUCGAACGAUAUCUUCAGAAACAAGAUCCAUAUCAUGUGGUGUCGUGCCAUCGUGUGUCUCAUCAUCAUCCCAGUCAUCGUUGUUGGUGUGAAAGUUGCCGAUGAUGUGCUCCAGAUUUACUUCAUCGCCGAUCUGCUCUCAAGUGCCGUGAUCCCAAUCAUCAUGUUGGGGCUCUGGGAUAAGCUAUACUUCCUCACCGGGUAUGAAGUCAUAGCUGGUGGUUUAGGUGGAUUGCUCACCGUUUUCAUCUUUGGCUGUAUCUUUUACGGCAACGCCCAAGACGGAGGCAGACUGCUUCUGAUUUGGUAUGGUAUCUACGGAGAUGAUUGGUCGGCAUUCGGUGCCUUUGUUGCUGCUCCAGUUGGUGGUCUCCUCUCCAGUGCCAUCAUGCUGGCCGUUAGACUCACAGUUCUCAAGAUAUACUCCCUUGCUACUGGAGCUCCAUUCACGGCUCUGGACAAGCCAGAGCCUUCGACCGUGGAGCAGGACGUCACCACCGUUUCCGUUGAAGAUGAAGAGUCCAUUGUAAAGACCAAGUCGAGCUGAUCCAGCCUGUGGAACCCCUUUCCUCAAGCAUGGCACCCACUCCACAAUGCACCGUUCAAACAUUCGUCUUCUACGUUUUACACAACAUCUCAAUUACCGCUUACUCCUUCCUUUCGUCUAAUAUCUUCACUAAUUCAUCUUCUUGCCCU